UCUCAUAAGGACACAUGGAUGGAAUGCUCAACCAAAGAACACAGCCCAUCCGUGUGCAACACAGAGCUGGUUAUUAGGUAGACACUGGAUAAUAUUAUCACAGCAUAUGAGACAGCGGCUAAACUGAGCUAAUCAAAUCCUAACGCUCCGCCUCCCCAAACGAUUGGGCGCUCAUUAAGAAUGUUUAGAUUUGUUGUUAAUUAGUUCAGAAUAACCCAAGACCCGCCCUGUAUUUUGGAUUAGUUGAUCAAAUGUUUACAGUACUAAUUAAAACACAUGUUUUGUAAAUUUAUAUUCUAGAUUGCUUUGGAUGUUUCAGCCAAUCAGAGCACGUAAUUCACCUACUGUAUACGACAGUGAGGACAAAGUUCGAGGUUCUGGACUUUGAAAGGUGUCCUUACAGAGAGCAAGGCAGGAGCGGCUUUGUGCAGAAAUGGCAGCAAACACUUCUCCUCUGGAAGCAGAUCUUUCCUGUGCUGUGUGCUGUGAUAUUUUCAAGGAUCCUGUAACUCUUCAUUGUAACCACAGCUUCUGUAAAGUAUGUCUGGAUCACUGCUGGAAAGAGAAGGGAGCUCUGGAGUGUCCCGUGUGCAGGAGGAGGAGUUCAAUGGAGGAUGUUAAACCUAAUUUCGCUCUCAGGAAUAUUGUGGAGUCCUUCUUAAAGGAACGCAGUCAGAAUCCUCCAGCACCUACUGGAAUAUGCAGUCUGCAUGAUGAAAAACUGAAGCUGUUUUGUGUGGAUGAUAAAGAGGCUGUCUGUCUUGUGUGUCAAACUUCAAAGAAACAUGCAAAACACACGUUCAUUCCUGUUCAGGAGGCUGCACAGGAUUAUAAGGGAGAACUCAAGACUGCGCUGAAGCCCUUGCAGGACAAGCUGGGAUCCUUUAAUAAAGUUAAAAACGAAUGUGAUAAAACAGCAGAGCACAUCAAGAAACAAGCCCAGCAAACAGAGAGGCAGAUAAAGGAGGAGUUUGAGAAACUUCACCAGUUUCUACGAGAUGAAGAAAAGGCCAGGAUAGCUGCACUGAGGAGGGAAGAGGAACAAAAGGGAAGAAUCAUGAAAGAGAAGAUUGAAAAACUUACAAGAGAAAUCUCAUCCCUUUCAGACACAAUCAGAGUGAUAGAAGAGGAGAUGGAAGCUGAAGACAUCAUCUUCAUGCAGAAGUACAAAGACACACAGAGAAGAGCCGAGUGCACACUGCAGGAUCCACAGUGUGUUUCAGGAGCGCUGAUAGAUGUAGCCGAGCACCUGGGCUCUCUGAAGUACAAAGUGUGGGAGAAGAUGCUGGGGAUUGUUCAAUACACUCCAAUGACUCUGGAUCCCAACACAGCACACCCUGAACUGAUACUGUCUGAGGAUCUAACAAGUGUGAGACGCGGCAGGGAGAGACAGCAGCUUCCUGACAACCCAGAGCGGUUUGAUACCCGGACGUGUGUGCUGGGCUCUGAGGGGUUCAUUUCAGGGAAACACUGCUGGGAUGUGGAACUGGGGAGCAAUACCUACUGUUAUCUGGGUGUGACUAAAGAGUCCAGCAAGAGGAAAGGGAAAUUCAACUGGAAACCAGAAGCAGGAUACUGGAUUAUAUCCCAGUUAUAUGGGGAUCAGUACAGGGCAUGUACCUCACCAGAGACACGACUCACUGUGGAGAAGAAACCCCAGAAGAUCAGAGUUCAGCUGGACUGUGACGGGGGGGAGGUGGCAUUCUUUGACUCCAGUGAUAUGAGAAAACCUCUCUACACUUUUAAACACAGAUUUACUGAGAGAAUGUUUCCAUAUUUCUGGACUCUGUGUUCUGCCGCUCUCAGAGUGUGCCCUGUGAAGACAGUUAUAAAAGUGGACUAGCCCAAUGUGUUCAGCAUAAACAAUAGGGAUGAAUAAUAAUAAUAAUAAUAAUAACAGAACACGUUCACCCUCCUCCACCCCUCUCCCUCGUCACGUGACGCGGGUGUUUGGUCUUUGCUCCUCGAAUCCAUGUAGAAAUACAAUUACAAAAACUAGAACAGGAACUGGUUAAAGAACAACACUGAAUAAAGAAUAUGCAUUCUGGAAUAAUAUUCAAUUAAACACAAUGCUCUAUUGAUGUGUUAUACCAUCUGCAGCUUUGCAAGCUCUGUAAAUAAUAACUCCCUCAAUGCUGAAUGAAUGAAUGAAUAAUGAUUGCUGGGCUGGUCAGCGGCGUUGUUGAAUCGAUCAGGAUAUUGUAUCAUUUAAUUGGUAAAUGUAUCGCUGUAAUAACUUGGAAGCUGCACAUUGUGAUCGUGUGGAUGUGUGUCUUUUGUGGUCGCUGUGAAACGGUCCCGCAAAUCACUGCUCCCGGAUCACAAAGGAUCGGUUCGCUGCCCUCCCUUUGAUUUAAUGAAUGAUUUUUUUUUUUUAAUAAUAAAAAGUAUAUAUUUUAA